AUAUACGAACCCACACCAAAAGAGAAGCCUUUCCAGUGUACAGUCUGUAAUAAAAGCUUCUCUCAGAAUUCUAAAUUGACUUCUCAUAUGCGUACUCACACCAAUGAGAAGCCUUUUCAGUGUACAGUCUGUACAAAAAUGUUCCCGAAUCCUCGUAAUUUGAAAGUUCAUUUGCGCACUCACACCAAUGAGAAGCCUUAUCAGUGUACAGUCUGUACAAAAACGUUCUCACAGUCAAGUCAUCUAACACUUCAUUUCCGUACUCACACCAAAGAGAAACCCUACCAGUGUUCAGUCUGCACCAAAAGAUUCUCUGUUUCUCAUAGCUUGACAGUUCACACGCGUAUUCACACCAAUGAGAAGCCUCAUCAGUGUGACGUCUGUACAAAAACGUUCUCACAGUCAAGUCAUCUAACAGUUCAUUUGCGUACCCACACCAAAGAGAAACUCUACCAGUGUUCAGUCUGUUUAAGAAGGUUUUCUGAUAAUUCUACUUUGACCACUCAUAUGCGAACUCAUACCAAAGAGAAGCCUUACAAAUGUACAGUCUGUACAAAACGAUUUUCCCAGUCUAGUAGUUUGACUUCUCAUUCCCGUAUUCACACCAAAGAGAAACCUCAUCCGUGUUAUCGGAUGGGCACGUUCAACUGUCGGUCCCGGCUGAAGUAUGACCAGGGGCGAGGCGUGACUUUUUGGUUCAGUCAUCUCCAGGAAAUUCAGUUGAAAGUUUGAAUGAAAGCUGCACCCCCUCCCCUACUCUAAAGAUAAUGUUUUAUUUUGGACGUUUAUUUAUCGAGAGAGAUGACAUCUAGUACAAGAUAAGCUUUCUAUUCAAAAUCCUAGAGUUUGAAUGUCUAGAACUUGGCUAGUAAGACUAUGAGAAAUAAUAAUAAUUAUCAUCAAUAACAAAUUGCAACAUAAUAAUUAUCGUACGGUUUGCAACACUGACGCGGAACUGAAGUGGAAUCGCAGAAAAUAGCGAUUUCUUUGACAGUUUACUCCACCAUCGUUUACGGGGAGAGGGAGAGUGAUGAUGCAGAAGUGUGGUGGUAGCCAAUGCUAAAUAGCAUUACUGGAAUCGCAUGUUUUUUGAGAAUCACAUUGAACGGAUGGAACUAAUGAUGCAAUAGUCUACUUCAUUCAAGCUUGGCGCGCUCGCAAAAAACGUUUCUCUUUUGGUUUCCUCACCUUUUUCGUAUUUAUUUUAAAUAUUUUC